AUGAAAAAACUCGAAAAGAAGGAAAAGAAAACUACUGAGAAGGAGAAAUAUGAGACUCUAAGUAAUGCAAUAAAAGAUAAAUAUAUCAAACUUAAAAAUCGAAGAGACAAAAAUACUAUUAAAACUUUUUUUGAUCAAAUUGAUCAAUCUUUGAAAAAAAAUAUUGCAAAAGAUGCUUUAGGUUUAACAGGGAAUUUGAAACAAGUUGUUGAACUGAAAAAAGAAAUUGAAGACUUUUACAAUAGGGACGAUAUAUCUAGACCAACGGCAGGGCGAAAAGAAACAGUAACAAAGAACAAAACUAAAGUUCAAAAGAGAUUUUUAUUAGAUACAAUGAAGAAUCUUUAUCACACAUUCAAGCAAGGAAACCCUGAAACUAAGUUUUCAUAUUAUUAUUUUACAAGAAACAAACCUUUCUACGUAGUCAAGCCUUCCAUUGACGGUCGCGAAAUGUGCCUAUGUAAAACCCAUACUAAUCCAGUGUAUAAAGCACAGGAAUUAAAGAAACAGCGAAUAAUAGAUACAGAUAAUUUAAACACUCUGUUCAUGUCUACAAUGUGUGAUCCUAAACGUCAAUCCUGUUUGUACGGUACUUGCCAAGAAUGUUGCAACAGCGAAAUUACAUAUGAUACAAGUAGAGUCAAAGAAACGAUUUCAUGGAAUGAAUGGAUUAGAAAAGAAGUAACGUAUAAAAAAGAGGAAAAGACAAAGAAAAUAAUUAAAAAUGUAAAAGAAACUCAAAAAGGAACAGUCAAGAAUUUAAUGAAAGAAUUUAACAAACAAAUUAAAGCACUGAAAAAACAUUUUUUUAAUAUUAAAACACAGUACAAAUAUUUCCGUGAAGUUAUUGAUAAUAUAAAAGAAACUGAGGUGGUGAUUGUAGCAAAUUUUAGCGAAAACUAUAAAGGAAAAUAUCAUGCAGAAAUACAAGCACAUCAAUUUGGAGGAUCAAGAGAAGAAGUGUCACUUCAUACAAAUGUAACAUAG